CGCCUGCCGCCUGCCCGGCCGCACACAGCCCGAUGGCUCCCGACCCCAGCGGCCGCCUGGGCCUGCUGCUGCUCACCUGCUGCCUCGCGGCCGCCCGGGCCCAGCUGCUGGGCCUAGACUGGCUGUGGUCCAAUAAGGUCACCAGCCCUGCGCCCACCCUGGCCUCCGAGCCCCAGGGCCGCCUUCCUGUGCAGCUCACCACUCACGCGGCCACCCGGGAUGGCCCCACGGAGCGAGGGGCAGUCCCCGCCAGCCCUGAGCCACCCCCGGAGGUGCUGGAGGGUGGCCGGGCUGGGCCCCCUGACGCCCCCGCCACGGCCACCGCCGCUGCCGUGAGCCCCAACGCGAGGGAAGAGAACAUCGCCGGAGUCGGAGCCAAGAUCCUGAACGUGGCCCAGGGCAUCCGGAGCUUCGUCCGGCUGUGGGAUGAUGCCACCCCCACCGAGAGCACGGCCGGGGUGCAGACAGCAGCCCCCGAGGCCCCCCUGGACUCCCCCACCCACGCUGGGGCCUCCAGCGCCCCCCGGGAGGACAGGACAGCACUCUGGCCGCUCAGUGGUGCUCCGUGGGCUCCAGGCGCCCACACGACCGGGGCUGCCACACUGCCCACACCCACCCUGGCCGCCACCUCCCGGGGCAGGCCCCAGGCACCACUCCGGGAGCCCUCAGUGCCACCACGGUCCCCAGAGAGCGCCGGCGAGGAGGUGGGGCUGCUGCAGCUCCUCGGGGAGCCCCCACCCCAGCACGUCACCCAGAUCGACGACCCUGAGGUCGGGCUGGCCUACGCAUUCGGGCCAGGUGCCAACAGCGGCCAGGUGGCCCGCUACCACGUCCCCAGCCCCUUCUUCCGAGACUUCUCGCUGCUGUUCCACGUCCGGCCGGCCACGGAGGACGCGGGGGUGCUGUUCGCCGUCACGGACGCGGCGCAGGCCGUGGUCUUGCUGGGCGUGAAGCUCUCAGAGGUGCGGGACGGACACCAGCACAUCACGCUGCUCUACACGGAGCCGGGCGCGGGCCAGACCCACACGGCCGCCAGCUUCCGCCUGCCCGCCCUGGUCGGCCAGUGGACCCGCUUUGCGCUCAGCGUGGAUGGCGGCUCGGUGGCGCUCUACGUGGACUGUGAGGAGUUCCAGAGGAUGGCGUUCACACGAUCCUCGCGGGGCCUGGAGCUGGAGCCCGGCGCCGGCCUCUUUGUGGCCCAGGCCGGAGGGGCGGACCCCGACAAGUUCCAGGGGAUGAUCGCGGAGCUGAGGGUGCGCGGGGACCCCCGGGUGAGCGCCCGGCACUGCCUGGACGAGGAGGAUGAUGACUCGGACGCGGCAUCCGGGGACUUCGGCAGUGGCCUCGCGGAGAACCGGGAGCUGCCCAGGGAGGACACAGGCGCGGCCCCCAAACCCAGCCUCCCCCGGCCUCCCCCGGUAACGUCGCCGCCCUUGGCUGGAGGCGGCAGCACGGAAGGUUCCAGAACGGAAGAAACUGAAGACACCACAGCAGCUCCACUAGGAGCGCACACCCUGCCUGGCUCAGGUCCGGUUUCCACGAGGGACGAGAGCGUCUGGGGCCCUGCGGCCUCCCCGAAGGAGGGAGGCCUGAAGGGGCAGAAGGGGGAGCCGGGAGCUCCGGGCCUGCCUGGCUCCAUCGGUCCCCCCGGCCCCCCGUGCGUGAUCGGCCCCCCGGGGCCCCCGUGCCCGUUCAGCCCCGAGAGUCCCCAGGGUCCCGUGGGCCCAGCGGCACAGAGCCCACACACGCAGCCUGUCUCUGGGCCGCGGGGACCCCCGGGGCUGCCGGGGAAGGAUGGCGCCCCAGGAAGGGACGGCCGGCCGGGCGACGCCGGUGAAGAUGGAAAACCCGGUGACACUGGGCCACAGGGCUUCCCGGGGACUCCGGGGGACGUGGGCCCCAAGGGCGAGAAGGGGGAUCCUGGGGUUGGGACAAGAGGACCCCCGGGACCCCAGGGGCCGCCAGGACCGCCAGGACCUGCCUUCAGACACGACAGGCUGACCUUCAUUGACAUGGAGGGAUCCGGCUUUGGCGGCGACCUGGAGACCCUCCGGGGCCCGCGAGGCUUCCCCGGGCCCCCCGGGCCCCCCGGCGUCCCAGGCCUGCCCGGUGAGCCAGGCCGCUUUGGGGUGAACAGCUCCGACGUCCCAGGACCCCCGGGUCUUCCUGGUGUGCCUGGGCGGGACGGGCCCCCCGGAUUCCCGGGCCCCCCGGGGCCCCCGGGUGCUCCAGGUCGAGAGGGGCCGCCAGGAAGGACCGGGCAGAAAGGCGGCCUCGGUGAAGCGGGCGCCCCAGGACCCAAGGGAAGCACGGGAGACCCUGGUCCCGUUGGCGCUCCCGGGCAGAGCGGCUUGGCAGGAGCACCUGGGCCAGCUGGACCGCCAGGACCCCCCGGUCCCCCUGGGCCCCCAGGACCAGGAUUUGCGGCUGGGUUUGACGACAUGGAAGGCUCCGGGGCUCCCUUCUGGUCGACGGGCCGAGGCUCCGACGGACCACAGGGACGGCCCGGCCUGCCAGGACUCAAGGGGGAUCCCGGCACGCCUGGGCCACCCGGGGCCAAGGGAGAAGUCGGAGCGGAUGGGGCCCCUGGGUUCCCCGGCCUCCCCGGCAGAGAGGGCGCCGUGGGGCCCCAGGGACCGAAAGGGGACAGAGGCAGCCGGGGAGAAAAAGGCGACCCAGGCAAGGACGGAGUGGGGCAGCCGGGCCUCCCCGGGCCCCCCGGACCGCCCGGGCCCGUGGUCUACGUGUCGGAGCAGGACGGAGCCGUGCUGAGUGCGCCAGGGCCCGAGGGCAGGCCGGGGUACGCAGGCUUUCCCGGACCCGCCGGGCCCAAGGGUGACCUGGGCUCCAAGGGUGAGCGAGGCUUCCCGGGACCCAAGGGUGACAAGGGAGAGCCCGGCAGCAUCUUCAGCCCCGACGGCAGAGCCGCGGCCCCUGCCCCGAAAGGAGCGAAGGGAGAGCCGGGCUUCCGAGGACCCCCGGGCCCCUACGGACGGCCGGGGCACAAGGGGGAGAUUGGCUUUCCUGGACGGCCGGGUCGUCCCGGGAUGAACGGACUGAAAGGAGAGAAAGGGGAGCCGGGAGAGGCCAGCGUGGCAUUCGGCACGAGGGGAAUGCCCGGCCCCCCCGGGCCUCCGGGACCCCCAGGCCCUCCUGGGACCCCUGUCUACGACAGCAACGCGUUUGUGGAGUCCGGCCGCCCUGGGCCUCCAGGACUGCCAGGUGAGCGCCCGGCUCCAGGGCCACGAGGAAUGCCCGGCCCCCCCGGGCCUCCGGGACCCCCAGGACAGUUCCCGUUCGACCUGCUGAACUUGGAGGCCGAAAUGAAGGGGGAGAAAGGAGACCGAGGGGACGCCGGACAGAAAGGGGAAAGGGGCGAGCCGGGGGGCGGCGGCUUCUUCGGCUCCAGUGUUCCCGGCCCCCCCGGCCCCCCAGGCCCACCGGGCUACCCAGGGAUCCCGGGCACCAAAGGAGAGAGUAUCCGGGGCCCGCCCGGCCCGCCUGGACCUCAGGGACCCCCCGGCAUCGGCUACGAGGGGCGCCAGGGCCCCCCCGGCCCCCCCGGCCCGCCAGGGCCCCCUUCAUUUCCCGGCCCCCACAGGCAGACCAUCAGUGUUCCCGGCCCCCCAGGGCCCCCUGGGCCGCCAGGACCCCCUGGAACCACGGGUGCCUCCUCAGGGGUGAGGAUCUGGGCCACGUACCAGGCCCUGCUGGACCAGGUGCACGAGGUGCCUGAGGGCUGGCUCAUGUUCGUGGCCGAGCGGGAGGAGCUCUACGUCCGCGUCCGGAACGGGUUCCGCAAGGUCCAGCUGGAGGCCCGGACGCCACUGCCGCGGGGGACGGACAAUGAGGUGGCCGCCCUGCAGCCCCCCGUGGUGCAGCUGCACGACAGCAACCCGUACCCCCGGCGGGAGCACCCCCACUCCACCGCACGGCCCUGGCGGGCAGACGAUAUCCUGGCCAGCCCCCCGCGCCUGCCUGCCCCCCAGCCCUACCCCGGAGCGCCGCACCACGGCUCCUACGUGCACCUCCGGCCGGCGCACCCCACGGGCCCACCCGCCCACACCCACCAGGAUUUCCAGCCGGUGCUUCACCUGAUCGCGCUCAACAGCCCGCUGUCGGGCGGCAUGCGCGGCAUCCGCGGGGCCGACUUCCAGUGCUUCCAGCAGGCGCGGGCCGCGGGGCUGGCCGGCACCUUCCGGGCCUUCCUGUCCUCGCGCCUGCAGGACCUCUACAGCAUCGUGCGCCGCGCCGACCGCGCAGCCGUGCCCGUCGUCAACCUCAAGGACGAGGUGCUGUUUCCCAGCUGGGAGGCCCUGUUCUCGGGCUCCCAAGCCCAGCUGAAGCCCGGGGCCCGCAUCUUCUCCUUCGACGGCAAAGAUGUCCUGAGACACCCGGCCUGGCCCCAGAAGAGCGUGUGGCACGGCUCGGACCCCAGCGGGCGCCGGCUGAUCGAGAGCUACUGUGAGACGUGGCGGACAGAGGCCCCCGAGGCCACGGGCCAGGCCUCCUCGCUGCUGGCGGGCAGGCUGCUGGGCCAGCAGGCCGCGAGCUGCCGGGGCGCCUACGCCGUGCUCUGCAUCGAGAACAGCUUCGUGAGCGGCUCCCAGUAGCCCUGGCGCCCGGAUGUGGUGGCCAGAGGGGACAGGUGGCGGGGCCAGUGGAAGCCCCCACUGCGGACAGGGAGCGUCCGGCCGGCACCCUUGGGACCCGGCUGGGGGUCCCUGUGUAGUUCACAUUUCAUGUAAUCCUCGAGAAAUAAAAGGAAGCCAAAGAGUGUAUUUUUUAAAAAAUUUAAAA